AUGUCAACUCGUAUUCUCAGCAUCACUCGCUCUAAAACCAGGGCAGCAUCUGCAGGAACCUGUGUGUGCCUGUCUCUGUGCCCUCGCACUGUCUGUGCCUCCUCAUCACAUGGUCUCUGCAGUAGCGGCAGCAGCAGCCUCUCGUAGAUGUGGAGCUGUCUCUGCAGCAGUCUUCCCGGGCUUUCUCACAUCUGCCUCACAUCUGGAGCGGUCUCUGUGGCGGGUAGUAGCCAGCGGUGUCUCCGCAGAGGUCUCUUCCUGACCUGUCUCUGGCGCGGUCUCUCACGUCUGGAGUUAUACGUUUCAAGCUUCAUGGUCUAAGUUACAACCCAAACUUAAAAGACUUUACUACAUGGAAGACUCUGACAUACAUCAUAUAAGUCGCAGCUUGUUGUGACCUUUGCCCCUUGGCCCCAUUGAGUUAUUGAGGGGUCUCCAUCCUCCCAAUGCCUGCCCUCCACUUGUGCCCUCUACUUUCCUUACUACUUUUGGGCUGUUCCUCCACUGUUCCUGUUAUGGAGGAAUCUUCUCCAGGGCUGAAUGGAGAAAGUGGAUCCCCGUCUUCACCUCCUCAGGGUCCCGGUCCACCUCCUCGUUCCAAACGUAGCUGGGUCUGGAACCAGUUCUUUGUGAUAGAAGAAUAUGCGGGACCAGAGCCUGUCUUGAUCGGAAGGCUGCACACAGAUGCGGAUCGCGGGGAAGGACGAGCCAAGUACCUCCUGACUGGAGAAGGUGCCGGUUCUGUGUUUGUCAUUGAUGAUAAAACUGGCAAUAUCCAUGUUACCAAGUCCCUUGAUCGUGAAGAAAAGGAAGAGUACGUGCUGUUGGCGCAGGCUGUGGACAAACUUACCCUUCGACCACUUGAACCCCCUUCCCAGUUCAUCAUCAAGGUGCAGGACAUUAAUGACAACCCCCCUGUUUUCCUGCACCCUCCCUACAGGGCCUCUGUGCCGGAGAUGUCCAACGUAGGAACCUCUGUUAUCCAGGUGACAGCCACUGACGCUGAUGACCCGACAUAUGGGAACAGCGCUCGACUUGUGUACACUGUGCUGGAAGGUCAACCAUACUUUUCUGUGGACCCUCAAACAGGGGUGAUACGUACUGCAAUCCCAAACAUGGACCGGGAGACCCAGGAUGAGUUUCUGGUUGUCAUACAGGCCAAAGAUAUGGGAGGCCAUGUGGGAGGACUUUCAGGCUCUACUACUGUUACUGUCACAUUGACAGAUGUCAAUGACAAUCCACCCAAAUUUCCACAAAAUUUAUAUCAGUUCACUGUUUUAGAGGACACUGCUAUUGGAUCUGUCAUUGGUAGACUUCGGGCACAUGACCCAGACACUGGUGAGAAUGCAGUGAUGUACUACAGCAUCCUGGAUGGUGAUGCCGGGGACACUUUUAGUGUGAUGGCAGACUCUGCAGGACAAGAUGGAAUUCUCAGAGUACAGAAGCCUCUAGAUUUUGAGUCGCGCCGCUCUUUCACAUUUCGUGUUGAAGUGAUGAACACUGUGAUUGAUCCUCAGUAUAUUCGUCGAGGACCAUUUAAGGAUGUCACAACUGUGAGGGUGACUGUGGGAGACGUAAACGAGACUCCACUUUUCUCCCAAAACCCGUAUACCUUAAGCGUGUUGGAAAACCAGCCUCCAGGAACACUUGUAGGGAUAGUCCAGGCCCGUGACCCUGACCUACAGAGCAGCUCUAUCAGUUAUUCUAUUGAGCCACUCUCCAACCCUGAAGAACUGUUCACAAUUAAUCCAGAAGAUGGGACCCUCAGAACAAGCGUCUUCUUGGACAGGGAGAACAAGAAAGAGCACAGCAUCACUGUAACAGCUAGCGAGACUGACAGCCCUUUCCAAGUGUCACAAGUUGGAGUUGUGAUCCAGGUGUUAGAUAUAAAUGACAAUCCACCAACCCUGGCCGAGAUAUAUAAGCCACAUGUGUGUGACAAUGCACAACCAGGACAGGUAAUCCAGACAGUAAGAGUGAAAGAUGCUGAUAUUGAAAAUGGUUUUUUUCAUAUUCAAAGCCCUAAUGCUGCAUCUGAUGGAAACUUCACUCUUCAAGACAACAAAGAUGGAAGUGCAUCACUCCUGGUAAAACAUGGUGGAUUCUGGAGGUCACAAAGAGACAUAUUCUUAGUGCCUAUAGAGAUUAAAGACAGUGGAGAUCCUCCUCUUAGCAGUACUGACACGCUGACCGUUUCUCUUUGUCACUGUGAGGCAGGUGGGGCUGUCUUGACCUGCCAUAUGACCACAGGAUCAGCUGCUGGACUCAGUACACCUGCUUUGCUGGCUAUAUUGGCUUGUGCAUUUAGCCUUCUGGCCCUGGUGUCCCUUUUCUACUUGCAGCGAAGACACAAGCCAUCGCCUCUAUCUUUGUGUGAGGAUGAAGAUAUAAGAGAGAAUAUCAUUACUUAUGAUGAUGAAGGUGGUGGAGAGCAAGACACUCAGGCUUUUGACAUGUCAGCCUUGCAGCCUCCACAGACGGGCCUCACUGGAGGUUUCUUCCACCCCCCUCGAAUGGAUGUUCUCCCUCGAGUUCCUCACCCACCAGCACCACGCUCACCUCAAACUGCUCCUGUUGACGUGCAACGAUUUUUGGCACUUCGAUUGAGAGAAGCAGAUAGAGACCCUGUGGCGCCACCCUAUGACUCCAUCCAGGUAUAUGGUUUUGAGGGUGGAGAUUCCUCAGCUGGAUCACUAAGCUCUUUGACCAGCAGCUCUGGAGGUUUAGGAGAGGAAGAACUUGUGGGUGAAGACAUAUGGGAAUGGGGCCCCCAUUUCAGGACCCUAGCAGAAAUCUAUGGAGCGAAAAGAAGAAACUCUACUACAGAAGAUUAAAACUCUUGUUGCCAAAUGAUUGUUUACUUUUUUUCUCGUGAGUGACCUGCAGAAUGAUCAUUGUUUUCCUCCUUUCAGCAGAGAGGCAUAAAAUAUCAGACGUGAGUUCCUUUCCUUCCCAGAAAGAACGGCAGACUUGUAGAAAGAGAACCACAGAAUAAUCAUUGUGCUUCCAGAAACCAUCUUGGUUCUGGUGUGAGGGUCAUGCAGACAUUAAAAGUUCCUAGAGGUAUUGUGUUUACAGAAUUGCAUUAAACUCCAGUCUUCCCACCGCUUGCUGCGGGUGUCUCAGACACAGUCAGACGUGUGCCAUUUGUGGAAAGCAAACAUUUUAUUUUCAAAAUAAAAAGCUUAAAUAAGCAAAUUAUUAUGUCA